AUGUCUAACUUCGACGUUGUCAUAUUGGCGGAGACAAACUUGUCAGUUGACGUUGACGAUGCUGAGGUGUUGCCUAAGAAUUUCUCAAUUUAUAGAUGUGAUAGGUCUCCACUGAGCAGCUCUAAGUCUGGUAAGGGUGGAGUAAUGGUGGCCAUCAGGGAUGCUAUCAACUCAACUCAACUCUACUCUGAAAUCAAUGAUAUUGAGCACCUUCUUAUUGAGCUUAAGCCCUGCAAAUACACCUCAUGGCUCCUAGUAGCUUGUUACAUCCCUCCUCAGCAGCCUCCCUCCAGAUACAAUAGUUUGUUACAGUCAAUAGAGGCACUAAUGUCAACGGGGCGAAGAUUCGAUGAGGUGGUUGUCGUGGGUGAUUUCAACCUUCCCGGGAUUGAUUGGAAUGGUUUGUCAACUGGUACGCAUUCCCCAGCGUCAAGAGUGGUACGGUCACUGAUGGACUUGUUUCAGCUUUACCAAAUCAAUCAAAUCUAUAACAGCAGAGACGUCAUGUUGGACCUGAUUCUGAGUUCUAAUAAAGAUAUUAAUGUAUCACUGGAGAGCGAUAAUCUGCUGCCGGUUGAGGAGAGACACCACCCACCCUUAUCCUUUGAGAUCCACUACCGACAUAUCAACCAAUCUCAUUUAUUCAAAAGACACAUAUAUGAUCUGAAAAGGUGUAACCUUAUGAAUGUUCAUCGCUCGUUGUUAACUACUGACUUUCAUGCAAUACUGUCCAACUCAGACCUUAACAGGGCAACAAAUUCCUUUAUCUCUACAGUUUCCAAUAUAGUAAAGGCUAACUCGCCACAUAUACAAAGGGUGGAAGCUGGAAUCCCCAACAAUUUCCGUUUAUUUUGGAGUCAUGUCAAUUCCACAAGAAAAUCUUCGUCUGUGCCCUCUCAGAUUGUUCACAAUGGAGUCGUUGCUGAGGAGCCUCUUGCGAUGUGUGAAGCAUUCAAGGACUUCUUCUCCUCGGUUUUCACGAAGCCUACGGAGGUCUUUGUUCCAAGCGGAUAUUACCAUCUCGGUGACGGAGUUGCUUAUGAGUUCACCCCUGAAGAAGUAUUGGAGAAGCUUAGAAACCUUGAUGACAAAAAGGGCUGGGGCCCUGAUGGGAUUCCACCAGGGGUACUCAAGUACAGCAGAAGCAUCUUGGCCAUUCCAGUUUGCCACAUAUUUAAUACUUCACUUGCGAUGGGAAUUUUUCCUGAGGCGUUCAAAGCAGCCUACGUGGUCCCCAUUCAUAAAUCAGGACCUACUGACAUCACCUCAAAUUACAGGCCCAUUUCCAUUCUCUCAGCGAUAUCCAAAGUUUUUGAGGAUCUAUUUCUUGAUCGAAUAAGAUUUAGGAUUGCUCAGUUAACCUGUCCUCAGCAACACGGUUUCUCACCAGGAAGGUCGACUCUAUCAAACUUAAUGUUACUCCAGACUCAGGUGCAGAAUGCUUUUGCUAAUGGCAAACAGCUGGAUACAAUAUAUUUAGACUUUUCCAAGGCCUUUGACACUGUUGACCAUGCCUUAUUACUCAAGAAAAUCUCUGCGCUUGGUUUCGAUGACAUUUCAGUUCGUUGGCUGUCGAGUUACCUUUCUGAGCGCAGGCUUGCAGUGAAGGCUCCUCAGGUCCUCCGAAUUAUUCUCAAAACAUUCUGGCUACCAUUCUUAGAAAUCCUCAUCACUAUGAUCGUCCUGUUCCUCUUCGAGACAGGGAUCUCAAUAUACCUAAAGCCCCUUCAAUAA